GCCAGGGAGGAGGCGUGGGCAUGGAGUCGGUCUUGGCCGCCUAGCCCCCGGCCGGCGCCGCUGCCUAGGGCGCUCAGGGGUCUCCGUGGGGCCCGGCGAGGCCCGGCGCUGAGUGGAUGGCUCCGCUCCUGCGGCCGCGGACCGCGCUCGCCCUCCUGGGCCUCCUCCUAGCCUCCGCUCUCAGGUGCCAGGAGCAGGCCCAGACCACCGACUGGAGGGCCACCCUUAAGACCAUCCGGAAUGGCGUUCACAAGAUAGACACGUACCUGAACGCCGCCUUGGACCUCCUGGGUGGCGAGGACGGGCUCUGCCAAUAUAAGUGCAGUGACGGAUCUAAGCCUUACCCACGUUAUGGUUAUAAACCCUCCCCACCGAAUGGAUGUGGCUCUCCGCUGUUUGGUGUUCAUCUUAACGUCGGCAUCCCUUCCCUGACGAAGUGCUGCAACCGCCAUGACAGGUGCUAUGAGACCUGUGGCAAAAGCAAGAAUGACUGUGACGAGGAGUUCCAGUUUUGCCUCUCCAAGAUCUGCCGAGACGUGCAGAAAACACUAGGACUAGCUCAGCACGUUCAGGCGUGUGAAACAACAGUGGAGCUCUUGUUUGACAGUGUUAUACAUUUAGGCUGUAAACCGUACCUAGACAGCCAAAGAGGCGCAUGUUGGUGUCCCUAUGAAGAAAAAACUGAUCUUUAAAGAAGAUGCCACGGGCUGGUAACAGCAGAUGAAGAUGGAAGAACAUAACCUUCGGCAAAGAACUAAUGUUUUCGCAUCACAAAACUGCCUUAUUUUGUAGAUUAAUUAUCUUCAGACCUUACAAGACUUUAUAUUUUGACAUUAUAACCUCAAACGAAAACAAAAGGGUGUGGUAAGAGGGGAAUAGGAGGAAGGGCAUGCCUUCCUUCUCAGGUGUCUUCCUGAGAGUUGCUGCUUUAGUGACCCAUCUGUGAGAGAGGUGUGUGUUAAGGGGAGAAUUGUUUAAAAGAAAGCAUCUGCAGCUCAGUUUUUGCAGCCAAAAAAAGGAGGCCAGAAUUAAAAGUUGAUUGUAGGAUACGUCCAACAUUAUCUUAAUUGGAAAUAGGGGAAAAUCCUCACUUAGAAGUAUAUUUGUUUACUGUGAAAUUUAAAUACUUAUAUAUUUAUGCCUGGAAGGAUCUGACUUUAUUUUUUCUCUAUUUUAAUGGCACAUAAUAUGCUGUUUCUUUAUAAGCUGUUUAGCAUAUGAAUAAGUGAUGCAUCUGUUAAUGGCAGGACUAUUUAUAUGGACAAGAUUUCCAUGUCUGUUCCUCUUGUAUGAUUGGUACCAUCAGCUGGUAACCUCUUAGGGAACAAAACUAGAACAUGUAGGUAUUACAUAUUAUGCACAGAAAGUGACAUGAACAAGAUUCAGAAGCACAGCCACUCCUAUUUUAUGAACCAUUCAUGACAAAUGUCAUAUUUUACUAUAACCUUCGCCUACAUUGAAUAAAAGAAGAAUUUAAUGAGACAAAUGAAAAGUUGUUGAACAUAACACAUAUCAGAACACUAUAUGCUGGUAUGCUGUGGUGUUUUUUUCCUAGCACUUGUUCUUUUUUUUUUUUUUUUUUUAAUAAUCUUUU